AGUAAUUCAUUCAGCUGAUCAUAUGUGUUGGUAUUUUCCAACCAUAAUGGCUGCCGUGAUCCAUGCGCAGUAUCGAUCAUAUUUUAGUUGAUUUCUAACUUGAGUGCCGUUGCACAUAUUCGAACAUGUUUGUACUAUUAAUUUGGUUGCAGCAGUGGCAGGUUUGCUACUUAAUUUGGCUUGUAAAAAAAUCCAGUUAUUUUUCAAAUUCAUUACGUUUAAUGAAAUAGACAAAGCGUUGAAUGUGUAUGUUGUUUUUAAGAGGCUAUCAGUUUAAACUUUUCAUUUUAGUGAUGUUUUAUGUGCAAGUUUAAUGUGUAGAUGAAAAUGAAAAAGGAAAUUGAACAUAUAUUUCAGUAUAAUUGUCUAAUUUAUAAUUAAAUGGAUUAACUUAAUUAUCAUAUGUCGGUGAAAGCAGUUUACAGUAAGUUGAAUAUAGUGACAGUACCAAGUGCAAUGACUGAAAAAUUUAAUUAUUGAGCUAAAUAAAGCAAUUUGGAUAGAGUGACUAUAAAUGUUUUUUAAUGUUAAUAAAAUUUCAAAUAUAAAUUAUUUUGCAAAUCGAAGCCUCACAAGUGAAUAAAACUAUUUAAUUGACAGUUAAAUAUCGUAAAAUGAAAAUACCUAAAGUGAUUCAACAAUUGUUUUUCCAAUAUGUUUUUAUUUAAUGUUUUUGAUGAGUUCAUUAGAGAAAUGUAUUUCGAAGUUGAGAAACACAUGCUACUACCAUUAUAAACUAGUGAGAUAAUCUACUACUAAAAUAAAUGGGUGAAAACAGGGUUGUUCAUUGUUUUUUUAGGAAUUUGGUAAAUAAUAAACUACCAUAAAAUAUAAUAGUUCUGUUUUCAUAAAUUCGAAGAUUUGUUUUUACACUGUUAAGAAAAAGCUAACAUAUGUGAUAAGUGUAAAAAUUCUAAAUUUUGAAUUUAAAAGCUUUUCCCGACUUUUAAAAUAUUGAAUGACAUCUUUUCAAAAACAUUUUAAUUUUAGAAUCUAAUCAACUAACGUGCAUUUAAUUAUAAUUUUUGUGCCAAGUAGUGACGAAAAUGACAGUAGAAAUUACAGAAUUAUCUUGGUAUUCCAAACUAUAUAACUAUCUAAAAAAUCGUAACCGUAUCGAACCUGAAAAAGUAAAAUUACCUGAUUGUGAUUUUUUUAUUGUAGGACCUCGACGUAUACUUCGAGUAUUAAGGCCAGUUCAAAAAAGUAGCGAAUUUUAUGAUUUAUCUGCGGAUAAAUUGGAAUCUAUUAAUGAAAACUUCAUUUCAAAGUGGAUAGAAAAACCUCAUUCAUCUAAUAACUGCAGAUGUUCAUUUCGCCAAUCUUUUGGUCUCAAUAAAACUAAAAUAGAUGUAGUUUCUACUGAGAUCAAUUACACUAGGGCUAAUUUUCGAGAACAUGAAGUAAGAGGACCAAAUAUUAAUGAAUCAGAAAACAAAGACAUAGUAAAUGUGAAUUGUCUUGAAAAACCGAUGACAUCAGAGCCGACAAGUAAAAUUAUUGAGAAAAUCUGUAAAAUUACAAAAAAAAGUUACUUGGAGAGCCAUCAAAAAGAUGUUCCUACAGUCAGAAAUGAAAUUGUUAAAGAUUUAGAACAAUAUAUUGAUAUAAUACUGAAAGAUGUUCUUGACCAUACAAUGAAAGGCAUGAGUGGUGCUGAUCAAACGAUUUCUAGUGAAAAAUAUCUUAAUAAUGAGAAUGAAUAUAUUUGUACAAGAUCGGGUGAUACAAUAACUAAUGAUAAGUCAAUAAUUAGUCCUUUGGACAUAAGAUUUGAAUUUCCUGUUGAUAACUACAGGAGUGAAUAUUGUGUUACAGAUAUUGAUAAUUCUGAGCCUUAUAGUUAUGUAAAUCAAGCAUUUAUUUCAUCUGUAAAUGAACCCCAUAGAUUUGAUUUCGAUUUGAGAAAACCAAUCAACGAUAAAAAUCUUGAUAUAAUAGAUUGUACGGAUUCUGGCGUUAAUAGUGUUGAAACAAUGGAAUUUUCAAUUGAAUCAGAUUUUAGUCUUGAAAAAUCAUUAAUGCAUCUAAUAGAAAAUAAAUUUAGUCAAACGCAGAUGUUGUCAAGUCUAGAUGAUAAAAAUACUACGAGCCUUACUGAAGAACAUAAAAAAAAUACAGAUACCAUAAAACAUGACCAACAAGUUGCAGCAAUUCAAAAUGAAAAUAAAAAUGACACCUCUGUAGUUGCCGAAAAUAAAAUCGAUGAAAUGAGAUCAGUUGUAGACAAUAAUUAUUUUGAAGUGCCAUUAAGAGAAAAUCCAAUCGAAAAAGUAAGUUCAAUAGCCCUUUUAUAUGAAAAAGUUACUGCUAAAUUCGGGAAUACUAGUAAAAAUAGUGACAAUAAAAAAAAAAGUAAAAUAUUAAAUGAUGGAAGUAAAAAAAAAUUAAAAGUGAAAAUUAUAGAAACGGAAAAUUAUAAGACAAUAAAUAAGGGUUCGAAAGAUGCUGCUGAGAGUCACAAGAAGUCAGUGACAGCGUCAGAUAUCAUUCAAAGAAUUCGAAAACCCAUAAUUGUAUUUCUCCAUGGAUUCGGAUCAUCUGCAGAAAUUUUCAGAAAUCAACUUCAAUUUUUUUCAAAUAUGGGUUAUCCUUGCAUUGCUCCCGAUAUGUUAGGUCAUGGUAUGAGUUCCGCUCCAGAUAGAAUGCGUGAUUAUCAUUUCCAGAAAUUAUUUAACGACUUAGAAAAAAUUCUUCAUCACUAUGUUUUCAAACCUGGACAAAAAUGUAUUUUAGUAGCUCACAACUACGGGUGUAGUUUUGCAACAGCUUUGGCAAGUAAAUACACACAUCAAAUACAUCAGCUAGUUCUUAUAUCAGGCGGUGGACCGAUUCCAUUAGUGGCACCAACGAAAGAAGGUGCAGGCCACUGCUGUUUAAGAAUAAUGUUAUCUCCAUUAUUAAUGUGCGGUUUACGCCGAAAUAUAUUAUAUGCAGCAAGGGGUCGACAGCAUCCUUAUUGUGGCUCUGAACAAAAAAAACAAUGGCCUCCUCAUAUGAAAUAUAUCUUGAAUGGUAUGUUAUGGCCAGAAGGUGAUUAUCUUUUUCACAGAAGAAUAUGUAUUCCAACACUACUUAUACAUGGACUUAAAGACAAUGAUGUGUCACUUGUACAAGAAUGUCAGAUGGAGAGAACAAUACUCAAAGCUUAUCUUGAAGCUAUUCCCAUGGCGGGACAUAUACCUAUGAUAGAUACUCCUGAAGAAAUUAAUCACAUGAUAAACUGCUUUAUAAAUUUGUGGAGUGAAAAGAGAAAGGAGUGACUACAGGAAAUAAAUUACGUUUAAUUUAAAUAAGUGGCAUUCACUACAGUAAUCGGGAAAAAAAGCCCCGCAAAAAAUAGACCCGCAGAAAAUAGACCCAACAAAUCAAUUUUUCAGCUGAGUACCGAUUUCAUGUGGAACGUCAUACUCGGCUUUACAAUUUGAUGGUAUCAUGUCUUCCAAUGUGUAUCAAUUCACUUAUUAAUUUUUUUCGUAAGAAAAGAACACUUCCAUUGGGUCUAGGGGCAAAAUCCGGUGGGAGUUGGGGGGCGGAGCCCCUGGGAUGAAAAUAGCAAGUUUCAUUAUUUUGCAAAGAUAACAACAGACGCUCCAGUCAAAAUUUGAAAUGUGGUUUUAGCCUAGAUACCCUCAAUUCUAUUGUUAAUAGGCUUGUCGCUCACUGUAGAACUUUAAUUUUGAUCUCCAUGCCUUCAAAGUAGCAUUGGGAAGAUAAAAUUAUGUUUCUAAAGUGAUUUUAGAACUGUGAUUUUAUUCUCUAUAGUCUAAAAUUUUAUUUAAGAAUAUAUUUCGUUGGACUUCCAAAUUUUUAAACUUUUGUCAGUCGAUUGAAUUUUUCUAAGCCCAAAAUAAAAUUGUAAAAUUAUUUAGGACCUAGAAAAUUUUUUAACUCUUUUAAAUCCAUUCAGUUUUUCCAACUUGAAAACUUUUUUUUUUAUUUAUGUUUAUUUUAUCUUGACGGUUUUGAAAUUUCAGUUAAAUGAAUAUUUCUGUUACCCAAUCGAUAUUCAAAUAUUUUCUAAAUAUUAACUAUUUUUAAUUCAUAAUUUAAGUAUUUUGCCAAACCCGGGAAAAAAUUGUCUGACCUGACCAUGUCUGUCUAGUCAGGCAUGGUCAUUUUUCAUGUCCGAUCAGGCCUGAAGGCUCAUGCCUGUUCAUGUCUGAUUAUUUUUUCCCGGGAAGUUAGAAAAAAUGAAUGUCUACUUUGAUCUAAAGAAACUAUUGGCUAUACUUUUAUGAACCAAAAAAUCAUUAAUCAAACAAUUGUGUUAAGGUGAAAACUAUAAAUAUACAUUAAAUUAAAAUACAUAGAUAUCUAAAACAAUAACUUAGUCAAAAUUUUUAUUAUUUAUUGUUAAUAUGUUCAAAUACAAUUAAUUUAUUGGAGUUCUUAAGUAUUAUCUGGUACAGCUAUAAACAUCCGAUCACCAAUUUCCAUUGCAAUACAAAUUGAUUCCAAUAUUAAUUUUUCUUCAUCUUUUGCUAGCGUGAUUGUUUAUUUUUGUUUUAUCUCUAUACUAUAAUUUAAUAUAUGAAUAUUUGUAACGUUAUUUAUUUAAAAAUCCGCAACGAUCAGCCAUUUUAAUCUUAUAGUUGAUAUCCCCUUUGUUCCCCUUAUCUAUUAACGAAUAUCCGAUAAGAAUUUCUUAACUAAAAAGUAGAUUUUGGAGGGUAUUUUUACAUUCCUACCAACAGUAAAUUUACCCUACAUUUGGUAAAUCGAACGAAACUACCAAAGUUAGGUCAGAUUUAGUUCUGCUCAAUAGAUUGCUUUAUCGCUCGAAUGUGCAGCUUCAAUAACCUAAUUUAGGAUAUUGAGGGCAAAUCCACAUUUCAAAUUUUGACUCGGGCGGGAAAAAAAGAAUUUCUUCUAUUAAUUUGUUAUUGGUAUAUGUUCAACAUAUCACUGUUUUUUUAGGAUGAAUUUGAGGUUGUUAUCGUAAAAAUCCGGGUUCGAUUUC